AGGAAGAAGAGGAUAACCGUUCUGCCACAUUAACCACUCCGGACCUAACCAUCGACGAUCUCUAUCAUCUAGUCCUCAAUAUGCAAAAGGGAUUUCAGCUACAAAUGGAUGAGAUGAGCACACAAAUUGUAGAGCUAAAAGCCGAGAUAAGAAAGUUGAAGGGCGAAGAAGAAUCAGAAAACGAAGAAACUGAUAUUGAAGAAAAAUUCGUGGUACAGAGUGUGUCUGGAACUGCGUCGAGCGUACGAAGCGUCACCCGACAGUUGGAAAGAUACGGUGGAAACGGAAAGUGGUUCCACAACGAGUACAUAUAA